AUGUCGCCUAAGUACUCCAGCUCAUUUAUCGAUUGGAAAAAACUCCUGAUCGCCUUCGCCCUGGUGGCAGCCGUCAGCGCUGACGUUUCCCAUCUGUUCUCGAACAGCGACAACCUGCAAGAGGAUGGAUACCACUACCAGCAGCCAUCCAAGCAGUUCGUCAUCGAUGUGCCACAGACCUAUGAGCAGCCCGCUCCAGUCGUCUACCAGAAGCCCGCUCCCGUUGUCUACGAGAAGCCAGCUCCAGUUGUCUACCAGAAGCCCGCUCCCGUUGUCUACGAGAAGCCAGCUCCAGUUGUCUACCAGAAGCCCGCUCCCGUUGUCUACGAGAAGCCCGCUCCAGUAGUCUAUGAGAAGCCCGCUCCCGUUGUCUACGAGAAGCCCGCUCCUGUUGUCUACCAGAAGCCCGCUCCCGUUGUCUACGAGCAGCCUGCUCCUGCUGGCAUCCUGAAGGAAGAUGGAUAUCAUUAUGGCCAGCCUGCUGUCAAAUUCGAACCGACUCAGGAAUACCUGCCCCCAGUCGUCCAGAAGCCUGUCUACAAGCCAGCUCCAGCUCCAGCUCCAGUUCCAGUCUACAAGCCAGUUCCAGCUCCUGCUCCCAAGCCUGUGAUCCCGGUCGCUCCCAAGGUUGUGAUCCCAGCUAAGCCCGUCAACGAGUACCUGCCCCCAGUUGUCCAGAAGCCUGUGGCUCCAGUAUACAAGCCAGCUCCAGCUCCUGUCUACAAGCCAGCUCCAGCUCCAGCUCCAGUUGCGCCUGUUUACAAGCCAGUUCCCGCUCCUGCUCCCAAGCCCGUGAUCCCAGUCGCUCCCAAGGUUGUGAUCCCAGCUAAGCCCGUUAACGAGUACCUGCCCCCUGUUGUCCAGAAGCCUGUCUACAAGCCAGCUCCAGCUCCAGCUCCUCGUCUGUUUAUUUGGUUUCUGCUGGCGGCGCUUUGUCUGCAUUGGGCCAAGGCGGAUGUUUCGCAGCUGGUUCAGUCGGGCAAUGGAUUUGUCUACGAUGUGCCCAGGGUCAGCGAGCUGGAGCUGGAGCUGAACAAUGAGUUUCCCACGGGCCAGGAGUUUCCACAGGAUGCCAUACCCGUCGCCCCCUCUGAUGCAGAACUGGGCCAGCUGGAGGAGGAGCCGGUGGCGUCGGCGGCCAGCGACGAGAGCGCUGCCUAUGCCUCAUCCAAGAGCCAUGGAUAUGCCUACCGAGUGCCCAGCAGACACUUCAAGAGCUAAGUUCUCCAUCCAUUUAGCUAGAUAUUACUUUGUACCAAAGUC